AGUGAACUCUCUCUUUAGUUCAUGACUAACCAGAUAAUAGUCACUUACUGCGAAUGAAGAACAAACUUUACAGUGUAAUGGAUUCUGAAUUAAUGCACAGUGUAGUAGGAAGCUAUCUUAAACCUCCAGAAAGAGUGUUUGUUCCAUCAGUCACCCAGAAUGAAACAUCUCAGAGUCACCACCCUGUGAACUUAGAAGUUACCGCUCCUAAAAUGAUUCAUAGCCCAAAUAACCACGCUCUUAUUUUAGCCUUAAAAACUCUUCAGGAAAAGAUUCAUCGUUUAGAGCUAGAGAGAACACAAGCUGAAGAUAACCUGAACAUUCUUUCCAGAGAAGCGGCCCAAUACAAAAAGGCCUUGGAGAAUGAAACAAAUGAGAGAAAUCUGGCACACCAGGAACUGAUAAAGCAGAAAAAAGAUAUAAGUAUACAGUUAAGCUCAGCCCAGUCUCGUUGUACUCUUCUAGAGAAGCAACUAGAAUAUACAAAAAGAAUGGUUCUCAAUGUGGAGCGAGAAAAGAAUAUGAUUCUAGAACAGCAGGCCCAGCUUCAAAGGGAAAAAGAACAGGAUCAGAUGAAGCUGCAUGCAAAGCUUGAAAAGCUUGAUGUCUUAGAAAAAGAGUGUUUUAGACUUACAACAACUCAGAAAACUGCUGAGGACAAGAUUAAACAUUUAGAGGAAAAACUUAAGGAAGAAGAACAUCAGCGUAAGCUAUUUCAAGACAAAGCUUCUGAGCUUCAAACUGGACUUGAAAUCAAUAGAAUAUUAAUGUCUUCAGUUUCAAAUCUAAAAAACUCUAAGGAAAAGAAGAAAUCUUCAAAGAAAACUAAGUGUUUAAAGAGAGGACCACCUCAGCAAAAUUAUUCAAAGUGGGAUGCACUGCCUUUUGUGGCUGAAAAGUCUGCCAGUGCAAGCUGUUCUGUGAAUGCAAGCAUACACAGCCUUCUGCAGAUGCUGCAGCACAGUGGGCCACAUGCCCUUCAGAAGUCUUCUCGAGUGGCCAAGCCUCGAUGUCGCUACAGGCCUCCCAGCACAGCUUCGUGGCGUGGGCCUCCUGACACAAGAAAGCCCAUUUCCAUUUGUGACAACUUGUCUGAACUUCUGAUAGCAAUGCAAGAUGAGUUGGACCAAAUGCAUAUGGAGUACCAAGAACUCCUGGAACAAAUGAAGGGAACUGAAAGUCAUUCCGUCUGUGACGACAUCGAAUGUGAACUAGAGCAUUUAGUCAAGAAAAUGGAAAUUAAAGGAGAACAGAUCUCCAAACUGAAGAAGCAUCAAGACAGUGUCUGUAAACUGCAGCAAAAAGUUCAAAACUUUGAACUGAGUGAAGCUUCAGGUAUUCAACGAGAAGAUAGCAACCCUAAAGGAUCAAAGAACAUUAAAAAUAGCCCCAGAAAAUGUCUGACUGAAACUAACCCUUUUCAGAAAAACAGGAACUUUCAUCCACGAGUUCAUAAUCUUCAAGUGAAAUUGAGAAGAGAUGAUAUCCUGUGGGAACAGUAACACAAUAGCAAAAUUGUCACCUUAAAUGAACUUUGUCAUUGUGUUCUUGAAUUGUCUAAAGUGGCGUUAAUUUAACAUAGCUUUGUGAAAUAUUGAAUUAUGUUUCCAGCAUCUAAAACAUGAAGUUGUAGUAUUUUUAAGUUAAUGCCUAUUGACCUCUAAGAGUCCCAGAUAAUAAAUGAUCGGGUUUCUAUUGUUAUUAUUGAUUAAAGUUCCUCACCUCUUCAUGUCUUAGAAGCAUUGUUCACUUUGCAGCUAUCUUAAGCUAAAUUUAAGAAAUUGUCCAGAUUGACAGUAUUCAAAACUGAGUUCAGUCUGCGAUGUGAACACCAUUACAUUUUUUCACUGGGAGCCUUAUAACCUUAAGAAUCAA